AAGCCAUGGGGUACCAACGUCUGAGAGUGCUUCAUGUACUUUGAUACAUUCAGGUGACGGCAGUGUACUCAGCAGGUGGUGCGUUCAAAAACAAAGCUGUGUCCAUUAAGCGAAAACACUGGAAAGCGCAUCCUCCAUUAGUGAAAAGACCUUACGUCAAUUCUGAACUAUGGAGCGCUCAAAACAGUGUCACGACAGUGAAGCUGACAGUAAACCGACUACGAACGAAAGUUCUAUUAACGGACACUUGGUAAAAAAAGACAACCGGAUCUUGGUAGGCCUAUCUCAAGGGACGGGGACGGCCGGUGAGUCGAGUUCGCACACAGGGUCCUCAGUGGUAGAGGUCUGGAAGCAUGAGCGCACCCGAAGUAUGGAAGACAAUGAGAUGAACUUGCCUAGUCUUGCAGCUGCCUACACCACUAUUCUCCGGGGGCUCGGGGAGGACCCGCAAAGACAGGGACUUCUAAAAACUCCGUGGAGAGCCGCGACAGCCAUGCAGUUCUUCACCAAGGGCUACCAGGAGAAAAUCAAAGACGUGCUGAACGACGCAAUCUUUGACGAGGACCACGACGAGAUGGUGAUCGUAAAGGACAUUGACAUGUUCUCCAUGUGCGAGCACCACCUGGUGCCCAUCUUUGGAAGGGUCCAUAUAGGCUACCUCCCCAAUAAGAGGGUUCUGGGCCUCAGCAAGCUGGCCAGGAUUGUUGAAAUCUACAGCCGUCGACUGCAAGUUCAAGAGCGGUUGACCAAACAAAUCGCCGUGGCGAUCACUGAAGCUCUGCAGCCUGCCGGGGUGGGCGUCGUCAUUGAGGCAACUCACAUGUGCAUGGUGAUGAGGGGGGUGCAGAAGAUGAACAGCAAGACUGUGACCAGCACCAUGCUGGGGGUGUUCCGGGAGGACCCCAAGACACGAGAUGAGUUCCUCACCCUCAUCAGGAGCUGAGAGGGACGAGCGGUCCACAAACCUGCUGCACAGCCCAACUCGGAUCCACUCUCCCUGUCGCCUGGUUGGAGCAGCAGCCGGCACACAGCAAUUUCUGUACAAAGCCUAGAGUCCGGGCUUGGUGGGUGUGUGUGCGUUAUGUGUGUGCGUUUUAUUCCAUCCCUCCACCCCCUUCCAAAUCAUCACAUGGUCACAUGACAUAGCCGUGUAUGUACAUGACAGUCUUACUUAAUGCUGUCUGCCAGGUGGCAGGCUUAACCUAAAAAAAUACUGGCUCAAUGAUUAGUGUUUUAUGGUUGCUUAAUUUUGUCCUUUAUUUUUUUAUUCAGUUUUAAUCAGAUUGAACUACCAAUUACAGUAGAGAUACACCUACACCUACAACAUCCUAAUAUUCGAAACAAUUUAUCAAUCUUGUUUUUUACUUUUAUCCUGAUAUAUUUUUACAAUAUAUUUUUAUCCAUGUAAGCUAGGACCAUAGGGUUUAAUUCAAAAACUGACAUAUUUGUAAAGCUGAAGCAUUAUAGAUUCCGCGAUAUAAAUUAAGGUAAUUUUGCGUUUGAGCCGACAUACACUGAGUGUAAAAAAACAACUUAAAGAACUGCUUUUUCCAUGACAGACUGACCCGGUGAAUCCAGUUAA